AGUGUGACUCUGAUACUACAGUACUGCAAUUGCAUUUUAUCAUGUCAUUCAAUAGUCAAUUACAACUUUUACAUUAUUUCCGGGUUUGACUUUUGUUGUGAAGGGCAAGACAGUUUACUUCCGAUAACAUUACUAGUCUGCUUCGAGUUUGACGCAUCUUAGAAAAGUCCCGGCCGGCGCGCAGCACAGCGCCCUUGCAAGCUCCAGCUGUUCGCACCGCUGUGCUCCGGCCGUCAGCCCGCUGCCGAGGUACCCUGCGUUUCCAAUGCAGCAGUGACCAUGACAGGCAUCGCCGCUGCUUCUUUCUUCUCCAACGCUUGCAGGUUCGGCAGCUGCGGACUCCACUUUGACUCCCUGGCCGAGCUCAUCGUGCACAUCGAGGAUAACCACAUCGACACGGACCCCCGCCUUCUGGAGAAGCAGGAGCAGCAGCAGCCCACCUAUGUUGCCCUCAGUUACAUUAACAGGUUCAUGACCGAAGCAGCCAGGCGAGAGCACGAGGCGCUGAAGAAGAAGAUGCAGCCCAAGUUGUCUCUGUGUUUAACGGGAAGCCUGUGUCGCGGCGGCGUGUCGGCGGCGCCGCCUCGCCACGCCAGCGGCAGCCUCACCCCUCCGGUCACCCCGCCCAUCACCCCCUCCUCGUCUUUUCGCAGCAUCACGCCCACAGGAAACACCUCGAUGACGCGACUCUUCAAACGCACACACGCAGGCAGCGAGUGCGACGAAGAGGAGGUGGACUUCGAGGAGUCCGACAGCGACGAGUCGUGGACCACCGAGAGCGCCAUCAGCUCCCAAUCCAUCCUCAGCUCCAUGUGCAUGAACGGCGGCGACGAAAAACCCUUUGCCUGCCCCAUCCCGGGCUGCAAAAAGAGAUACAAGAACGUCAACGGGAUCAAGUAUCACGCCAAGAACGGCCACCGGACGCAGAUCCGAGUGCGCAAGCCCUUCAAGUGCCGCUGCGGCAAGAGCUACAAGACAUCUCAGGGUCUCCGGCACCACACCAUCAACUUCCACCCGCCCGUCUCCGUUGACCUCAUCCAUCGCAAGAUGCAGCAGUAGCGCCCCAGGUGGACCACAUCCACCGUCACCAGCAGACUUUUCUUCUUCAUCAUCUUCUCUUCUGCUCACCGUGUGCUAUGACACUAGAUUUUUUUUUUUUUUUUUUUGCAUGCUUUGAAAUGAGAUUUUAUACUGAAUGUUCAAUCUUAUGAGUAGGUCACCAUUUUGUAAUUUGCACAUUGAAGCUGCGAUUUUUUUACUUUUUUGUUUUUUUUAACUUUGGACUUCAACUGUGCAUGUUGGUGAUCAUGUAAAUAAGACUGAAAUGGGAUUUUGUUUUUAACCUUGCAAAAUGCCUUUGUCAUUCAACAAUGUGCCAAACGGGGGACCCAAAUAUGCAUACUGGCCACAAUAUUAGGUACACCUGCACAGUCUUCGUCAUGACAAGGGCUGCUGUUCUCAAUAUGAUACGGCUCACUUUUUACAAGGCAUUUAACAUGAUUGAA